AUGACCCGGAAGAAGAUCAUCAUAGACACAGAUCCCGGAAUCGACGACGUCCUAGCCAUCCUCCUGGCCCUUGCAGUGCAAUCGGAAGAAGUAGAGAUUCUCCUGCUGUCCGUCACAUUCGGCAACAUUGACGUGAAGAGCUGUCUCCGCAAUCUACUCUCCCUGUUUUUCGUUGUCCAAAAGGAGUCAGAAUGGCGGCGUACGCACGGCAAAAGCCACUCCCUUCUGGUGUCCAAGCAUGGAGAGAACAACAAGCCCAUUGUCGCAGUGGGUGCCGAACAGCCUUUGGCAGACCACGUCCACAAUUGUGAUGAGUUUCAUGGGGUGGACGGCCUGGGAGGAGCGCACUCCACGAUGCCGGAAUGUUCACCGCCCCCGGAGUGGUGUGCCCUUUUCAACUUGCCAGUGCCAUCAGAUGCCCCAGAAGAGCCAGGUGUUGGCACGUUGCCGUCGGCGUUGCCAUUGCAGGUUUCGCGAGCUCCGGCGCACGAGGAGAUGCUGAGAAUUCUGAAGGCUCACCCACCAGACACCGUCACCAUCGUGGCCAUUGGACCUCUGACCAACUGUGCCAUGGCGGCCAUGGAAGACGCCGAAUCAUUCUCCCGCUGUAAAGAAGUCGUUUUCAUGGGCGGUGCCGUCGACGUGCCGGGAAACACGACCCCUCUGGCCGAGGCCAAUGUCUAUGCCGAUCCGUACGCUGCCGCGGUCAUCUUUGCCCUGACAUCUUCAAACCCUUGCUCGACAGUGCCGCUACCACCUUUGCAUCCACAGUCAGGGUCACAGUCACGCCGUUUUGCAAACCACUGGCCGGAGAGAUCAUUUCGUGCCCUUCUCGACGAUCAACAAAGAAGCCGGCACUUGAGACCCCUGAAGCUCACCCUCUUCCCUCUAGAUAUCACGACUAGACAUACUUUACGCAGGACGGACUUUGAACGAGCCAUCGCAGGCGAUCUUCUCCAAGGGUCUCCUCUUGCAACUUGGCUCUUGGAGAUUAUGACGGCCUUGUUCGACAAAGUCGCCAGUCAGCGUGACCGUGGGCGAGCAUCCAUAAGCCAACGCAUUCCUCGUGGCGAAGACGAUGUAGUGCAAUUGCACGACCCCCUUUGCGUAUGGUACGCUAUAACAUCGGAGUCUUUGAAGUGGAGGUCGGCCGUCGAGGGUGGAACUGAGGACCUUCGUAUCGAAACAAAAGGGGAAUGGGCCAAGGGCCAAUUGGUGACUGACAGACGACAACGUCCGAAACUUGACUCGUUGAAGGCUGUGCGCUCGGGUGGCGGUGGUGAUUGCGAGCUAUCCAGGGAUAAGACUACGUGGCUGAUUGAAGGACAAGGAAACAGGGUCAGAAGAAUCAUCGAGUCCCCGGAAGGUCAACCAUUGGAGUUCGGAAACCAUCUUCUUCGUCUCAUCAUGGAACGAGAUCCAUAA